UGCAAUGUUUAAAAGGAGAAGUAUACCAAUAUUGUACAAUUCACAGCUGGGAAACACAUAAGUGCCAAUUCAUCCUGACUGUUGAGCAGUCGUUCAUAGACUUUAAGGAAAACUGUCUCUUUUUGGUGGGCCACCCCAUCCCCCUGCAUCACUAUGUCCAAGUACCUGAGGCAUUUCACCACGGUGGGUGACGACCACACAACCCAGUGGCAGGAUGAGGAGCUACAUGAAGCUAGUGAGGAGCUGGGACCAGCCACAGGACAGAUGCCCCAGGGGGAACUCUCCCUCAGAGACUCCCUGAAGAUGCUCUACAGCUCCGACAAAUUCCAGAUAGCUGUGGUGUGCCUGGUCAUCCUGGAUGCCAUCUUUGUUCUGGUCGAGCUACUGAUCGACCUAACAAUCAUCGAUUUGGAGCAUGGACACAUUGCCCCUGUGGUGUUCCACUACCUGAGUCUGGCUCUUCUCACCUUCUUCAUGGUGGAGCUGGCUGGGAAGCUCUUUGCUUACCAGCUGGAGUUCUUCCAUCACAAGUUUGAGGUGUUUGACGGGCUGGUAGUGAUUGUGUCCUUCAUCCUGGAUGUUGUGUAUACAGCCAGUGAAGAUGCUUUUGACGCCUCUAUGGGCCUCCUGAUCCUCCUCAGGCUCUGGAGGGUGGCCAGGAUAGUCAACGGUAUCCUGGUGUCUGUGAAGGCAAGGGCCGAUCGCAAAGUUCACAAGCUGAAGGAGAGCAAUGAUAAACUGGUCCAGCAAGUUAGCGAGCUACAAGAGCGCAGCGGCAAGACGGAACAAGAGAACAGUAAACUACGGGCUCUCCUGCGACAGCAUGACAUUGAGUACUGAUGCCGGAAGAGGAACAAGAUGCCAUUUUUCAUUAUCUACUUCUAAAGUUUUAUUGGAAUUGAUCAAUAAACAAACAUUUGGCAUGACAAUGAAUGACAAGGAGUUGGUAAUAUAGCACAAAGACUGGCACUCAGGCUAGAUAGAUUCCACAUGAUUAGGUCAACCUUCCAACCAUUAUCUGCAUAUUUAAGCAGAUUAUAAAAGCUGAUCAGACUUCAUUGAUGUCAUAUGCCAGUAUCUCACUUUGCAAUGAGCAUACAUACGUCUUAUUUGAUAUUUUUAGAUAUAUGUGCUAUGCCUUUAUUCAGCUAAGCAAUGAAUUGACAGCUUAUAUUUUGUACAUAAGAUCCUGUAAUGAAUUUGUUGCAUCUUGCUGUUUUGCUGAAUACCUGUUGCUUGCUAUGCAAAGACAAUACAAGUAUGAAUCACUGUGAAAGUAUUAUUAAAAUGUUGCUUUAUUGAUUUUUUUUUAUAUAUACUCAUUUGAUCUAAACUACAGUAUGUACAAAUAAAUAAAAGGUUGUUGCUGAGUGCCA